AUGCGCUUCUUUACCUCCCUCGCUGUCGCCGCCAUGGCCGCCGUUGUCUCAGCAAACAGCAAGGCUAACCCCUUCAGCAUUCCCACCGAUGGCUACACUUUCACCACUGGCGAGUCUACUGCUCUGAAAUGGGAGCCUACCACCACCGGCACUGUUAGCUUGAUCCUGCAGUGGGGAGCCGUCCUCAGCGGUACCUCUGGCACUACCAUUGCCUCCAACCUCGCCAACGACGGUAGCUACACAUGGACUGUGCCUUCCAAGCUGGCCGCCCAGCCCGACUACACUAUUAAGAUCGUUUCGGACGAUGAUACCAACGACUUCAACUACAUUGGCCGUUUCACCGUCGAAGGCUCCACCGUCUCUGUCUCGUCUUCCAGUGCCAGCUCGACCGCCACUUCUACUUCUACUGAGUCAUCAUCUACCGAGUCCUCUACCGAGUCUUCUACUUCGGCCACUGGUACCAGCACCGGCACCAGCACCUCGGAGACCUCGGCCUCGAGCUCUUCGGCCACCAUCACCGGCUCCACCACCAUGACCACUGCUUCCAGCACUGUCGCUAGCACCUCCGCCUCUGCUACCUCUACCUCCGCGAGCUCCAGCUCUGCCGAGUCCACCUCGGCCAGCGCCAGCUCCUCGGCCGCUUCCCAGAGCGCCGUGCCCACCACCAACGCUGGUAUCGCCAACCGUGUCUCCGGUGGCAUGCUUGCCAUCGUUGCCGGUGCUCUGAUGCUGUAA